AACAUGGCGGCGUCCUUAGAUGAUGAUUUUGAGUUUGAUAACCAGGACUACUACUCUCUACUCAACGUCAGGAAAGAGGCUACGUUGGAGGAGCUAAAGGCGUCAUAUCGGAGGUUGUGUAUGCUCUACCAUCCUGACAAACAUCGGGACCCAGAGCUAAAAAGCCAGGCUGAACAGCUUUUCAACCAAGUUCACCAGGCGUAUGAAGUGCUAAGUGAUGCUCACUCCAGAGCCAUCUAUGACAUAUUUGGGAAGAAAGGGUUGGAGGUGGAAGGCUGGGAGGUGGUGGAGAGAAAGAGAACUCCAGCAGAAAUUCGAGAGGAGUAUGAAAGGCUGCAGAGAGAAAGAGAAGAGAGGAGGCUGCAGCAAAGAACUAACCCCAAGGGCACAAUCAGCGUGGGUGUAGAUGCGACAGACCUGUUUGACCGCUAUGAUGAGGACUUCGAAGAGAUGCCAGGAGGGGGAUUUCCUCAUAUUGAAAUCAACAAGAUGCACAUAUCCCAGUCCAUAGAGGCUCCUUUGACAAACUCUGACACAGCAGUGCUGUCUGGUUCGCUCUCUACACACAAUGGAAACGGAGGGGGCAACAUUAACAUGACUGUACGAAGGGUUACGUCAGCCAAGGGCUGGGGAGAGGUGGAGUUGGGUGCAGGAGACAUACUUGGACCUCUCAUUGGGUUAAAGGUGUUUCGCAACCUCACUCAACGGUGUUUCUUGACAGCCCAGUGUGGGUUGCAGUUCUCACCUCGAGGUUUGCGACCGAGCUGUUCUCUGAUGACAGCACGACACCUGGACCAGAACACCAUGGGCUAUCUGCAGUGGCGCUGGGGGCCCAACAGCGCCAUGACCACCAGCCUGGUCCGAGACACAAAGAGCAGCCAUUUUACUCUAGCUCUGCAGCUGGGUGUGGCUCACUCCUACCUGAUGAUGAGCUACCAGUACAAAUUCCAGGAUGAGGACCAGACCAAAGUGAAAGGCUCUGUGAAGACAGGCUGGUUCGGCACCGUGGUGGAAUAUGGAGCAGAGAGGAAGAUCAGCCGACACAGUGUCCUGUCAGCCACUGUCAGCAUCGGGGUCCCUCAGGGAGUCACACUCAAGAUCAAGUUGGCGCGUGCCAGUCAGACGUACCUGUUUCCAGUCCAUCUAACAGAUCAGCUGCUGCCCAGUGCUGUCUUCUACGCCACUGUGGGACCCCUGCUGGUUUACAUGGCCAUUCACAGACUGAUCAUCAUCCCAUAUACAAAAGCACAGAAAGAGCAAGAUCUGGAGCUGCAGAGGAAGAGCUCAGCCACAGACAUCGCCAAGAAGAAGCACGAGGCAGAGUCUGCUGUUCUGCUGAUGCAGGAAUCUGUGAGGAGAAUCAUAGAGGGGGAAGAAUCCAAGAUGGGUCUGAUCAUCCUGAAUGCCUGGUAUGGAAAGUUUGUGUCAGAUACCAGCCGGAAGCAGGAGAAGGCAAAGGUCAUUGACGUCACUGUGCCUCUGCAGUGCCUGGUCAAGGACUCCAAACUCAUCCUCACCGAGGCAUCCAAGGCAGGGUUGCCGGGCUUCUACGACCCCUGUGUAGGGGAGGAGAAGAGUCUGAAGUUACUGUACCAGUUCAGAGGUGUCAUGCACCAAGUCAUCUCUGCAGACACGGAGUCGCUACGGAUACCCAGGCAAUCUCACAGAAUUGAGACGGAGUCCUAGGAGCCCACCGCUGUUGUAAAGCUAGCAACAGAGGGCAAAAUCCAGUUAAAGCAGACUUUGUGUUAAAAAGAUGAACCCCAGAACGGAGGGGACACAUCAACAAUAAGUCCGUCUCCCUCCUCUGGUCCUCUUCUGUCAUGGUAUUAGUGAAUCUGUUUAUCGACUAUCCCCUCCCUCUCCUGUGGGCCGUCUCCAAGGUUCAGCAGAAUACAGGAGUCAGCUCUGAGUUUCUACAAGGUGUUCCCUUUUGUUUUAACAGUCUGCUACACCUGACAGGACUGCUCAAAUAUCUGUCUGCUGCAGGAGAUCAGACACUGGCAACGAACAUAAGUUUGAUAUAUGCACUACACAGGGGGACUAAUGAUCACUGCAGACGUGGAUACCAUUCCUGUCAAUGAUGAGCUAAAAGUGCACAUAAAUUUAAAGAUGUUUCUUGACAUUUGUGUGUCAAGUAUAUAUACAAAUGAGCUGUGCUGUAAUUUGACCCCAUAUCAUUGUAGUCUUUGUACUGUAAACGUAUCACCCUGGUA